AUGAGCCCGCAGGUUCCCGUCCCGCUCUGGCUGGACUGCGAUCCUGGCCACGAUGUAAGUUGGCGGCCCAUCUGCUUGCUUGGCCUCAAAGAGAGACAUGCCCGAUUGCCUCGUUUCGUCUUUGCAGCGACCAUCAGGGGUAGGGAGGUUGCUGAGUCGGAGUCGCCUCCCGCUAUCACAACCCCUCACUCACAUCUUAUCCCUCCCCCGGGCGACCUUACCCGUCAUGCCUUAACAAAGACACUAAUUCUCUAUAUCUCUCAAAAGGACGCAUUCGCUAUCCUCCUAGCGGCAUAUCACCCCGCUAUCAGGCUGCUCGGCAUCUCCACCGUCUUCGGCAACGCCUCCCUCAAAAACACAACCUACAACGCCCGGUCCAUCCUCACCGCCAUCGGCAAGCACACCUCGGUCAAGGUCUACCCGGGCGCCGCCAAGGCCCUCGCCCGGGAGGAGCUCCACGCCCCGACCGACAUCCACGGCGAGUCCGGGCUCGACGGCACGGCCCUGCUGCCCCCGCCGCAGUGCGAGGCCGACACCUCCGUGCCGGCCGUCGACGCCAUGGCCGCCGCCCUGCGCGCCCAGCCCGCCGGCACGGCCUGGGUCGUCGCGACGGGCUGCAUGACCAACGUGGCCGCGCUGUUCCGGCGGCACCCGGACCUCGCGGCCCGCGUGGCGGGAGUGUCGGCCAUGGGCGGCGCCGUCGGCGGCGACUUCACGCCCGCGCCCCGGGGCGAGGUCGACGGCGCCGAGCGCAUCGGCAACUGGACGCCCUUUGCCGAGUUCAACAUCCUCGCCGACCCCGAGGCCGCGGCCUUCGUCCUGCAGCACCCGGUCCUGGCGCCCAAGACGACCCUCGUCCCGCUCGACAUCACGCACCUCGUCCUCGCGACCGCCGAGGUGCAGGAGCUGCUGCUCUACGGGCCGCCGUCGCCGGCCGAGGGCGACGACCGGGUCGCCGCGCGGGAGCAGCGCUCCGGGCCGGGCAGGUCGACGCUGCGCCGCAUGCUCGUCGAGCUGCUCAACUUCUUCGCCGACACGUACGCGCGCGUCUUCGGCAUCGCCGAGGGCCCGCCGCUGCACGACCCCAUCGCCGUGGCCGUCGCGCUCAUCGGCCUGCCCGGCGGGCACGAGAUCCCCUUUUACGAGUACGACCCGCGCCUCGGCGGCGACGACGAGGCGGCGGCGGCGGCUGUGAACAAGCGCGAGAGGUUCGACGUCACGGUCGUCACGGAGGGGACGUACGCCGAGGCCAAGGUCGGGGCGCAGACGGGGCGGACCGUGGCCAAGCUGCUGCCCCCCGGGUCCGAAGGGGUGAGGAUCCCUCGCUCGUUGGAUAUCCCGCGCUUCUGGAGGGUGAUCGAGGAGUGCUUGGAGAGGGCUGACGAGGCCAAUGCCAAGAAUGGCGUUUACUGA